UUACUGUUAACUAUAAACAAUGUUUUCACAGGCUACGGAAAUAUCGCUCCCCUGUCCGAUGGUGGCAAAGUGUUUUGUAUGGUGUUUGCAGUUUUUGGUAUUCCCAUGACGGCCAUCAUGUUAACAGCCAUUGUGGAGAGACUCCUUCAGUUGACCGACUUACUUGAAACGUUUCUGUGUAGUACUUGCACUGUACGCGGAAUCCCUCCUGCUUACCUCCGCUUUCUCCAUCUAUCGUUAAUAAUGUGCGGAGUUGUCGUGCUGGUAAUGCUAAUUCCCGCCGUUUUCUUCAUGUUGCUUGAAGACUGGAGCUAUUUUGAAGCGCUGUACUUUUGUUUUAUAUCGCUAACUACCAUUGGACUUGGAGAUUUUGUGCCUGGGGACGACCCAAAGUGGCGAAGUAGCGAAUACCGUUCGCUAUAUAAAGUAUGCUGUGUGUUUUUCUUUAUCACUGGACUUACAUUCUUGCUUCUGAUUCUGGAACUUUGCGCUAAAGUCCCGGAUGACCAUCCCGGCAUGCUUUUCUCGUGUCACAAGCCAUUCAUCCAAGAGGAAGAAACAGAGUUAACAACAAAACAGCGCCCGCGAUACUCAGUGUCCAGCAGAGGGAGCAGCGCAUUGUCAACACAGGAAAAUGAAAGACCUUCCAGAAACUCUUAUGAAAGAAUAACCAACAGAGAUAAUAGAUGAUGAAGCUAAUGAAAACAGAUCAAUCGGUAUAACACUAAUAUAAGAAUGUUUGUAAAGAAAAUGAGUAAAACUGGGUUUAACACUUGCCAAAUUCUAAGGUUGGAAAUAAAAGCUCGUUAAUAUAACUGGCAAAAUUUUUGCCUUUUUAAAAUUAUCCGCGUGAUGCCAAAAGCAAAAGCUUGUCAAAGCAAAUGAAAAAAUUAAAACGAAAUGAGUUUCUGGUAAGAGUGAAGGAGAAACAAGUCAAAAUUAUAGAUAUUUUUUCACAUACCGUCAAGGAGGUAAAAUUAUUCUCCUUAGGGAAAAUGAGGCUUGCAUUUGUAUUUCAAAAUUGUAAUGUUUUCUUGGGAACUUCGUUCCUUAUCAAAGAAACAUGAAACAAAUACUAUAAUUUUGACCAUAGAUCUGACCGGGAGCUUAUCACCUCAGAGGUGAUAAGUUUCUGAUCUGACAAAGGAGUUAGAAUUUAAAUUCCAAAUACUUUACCAAAACAACUGUAAUUGUAAAUCAAGGGUGUAAAUGUUAAUCGAAACUAGAAAACAUUUUCCUCGUGGAAGAGUGUUAUAUUAAAGUUACGUUUACCACGGCCAAGAAAGCAUGAAGAGUAAGAGUGUUAAUCCCCAAUAUAGACCUUAUUCCCAAGGUAAUCCAUCUCAAGUUAUUUUUACGUCACCUCCAGUUUCGGAAACCCCAGGGCGGCCUAGAAAUGGCGCGGAGUUUUGUUCAUGUGGUAGCCCGAGUGAUUUUACACGUAUGUUUAUUCUCUAUUUAGACAUGGUACACAGUUCUUUGGCGAAAAAUGUUAACACGCGUGUUGCGUGGAUGUUUUCGUGGAGGAUGAAAAAUGCGUGUAAAACCGCUUGGGUUGUCCACGCGAGCAAAAUCCGCGUCACAGGAUUGGCUAUUUAUAGACCCUCCUGGGAUUUUCGAAACAGGUCAUUUCCGAGUUACCUUGUGCCUCUGCUUCAAAACGAGUCUCCUUGAAAAACCUUUCAUAUUGCAACGUGUUUGCUUUGCAUCCAAUUGAACCUCUUGGCAAAACACGUUUUCAAGCUCGUUUUGACACAGAGGCAAAAGGCAACUGGGAAAUGGCCUAUUAGAUUGGAAAUAAGGCUUUUAUGGGAGAUUACCUCUCUUACCUGGCAUUGUCUCUUGGCACAGCGCAAAUUGCAAAUAUGGUGGAAGACGUGUUUGGUGGCCAUAAUUUCGAUAAAAGUGCACUUCGUAUUGCUCGAUCAGUAAACUUAACUUCCUAGCAAGAUGUUACAGAUCAACUUAGUAGAGACGUCAGAUAUUCAGAAACUACAUUUCAAGCUUUAUAUUUUAUACUAUUUUUUAAGAAGAUCAGGGGCAAGGAAGGGAGCUGUCUGGUUAUAGCAUCACUUUAAGCCCAUGAGGAUAUUGUUGUACGAUAAAUUGUAAUUUAUGUUGUUUUCGGUGACAUUUGUUGAUUUACCAUGGAUGGGACGGGAUUACUCACCAUGGUUGGGAGGGAAGGAGGGGUAAUCGAGUUUAUUUUUGUGGCUCAUAAGAUUUUCCCACAGUUUGUAUGUCAAGUGCACUAUCACGGGAACUCUGUUACAUUUUUGUUCAAAUUAUACCUUCGCGCCUAAAAUAAUUGUUAAAGGGACAGCAAAGCGUAAUUAUUUCUUGGCGAUUUUCACACGGCAAGGAGGGGGCAGAAUUUUAAGUAUUCCAGACAUCAUGUAUGACUACUAGAACAUUGUAAUUCUUACUGGCAAAACUACACCAUCAAUUUUCAAUUGAUUUCAAAGUCAUGCUCGGAGUAAUGUUCCUUCAAACCAACUGCUUUCUGGGGCCACAGAUGAUGUCGAUGGACCGGGGAUUCCAUGAUUUAGUUACCAAUUUGAAUGACUACCAUAGCCUUUUCCAAGGAAAUCGAGUAGGAUUAAAUUGAAUGAAAUGAAAGUCGUUGUUGGUUUGUUGUAAAUAGUUAAUUCCAUCGAUUAUAUGUUGUGCGUUUUGACCUUAAAAUUCUCUUGCAUACAUCUGCUCCCUCUACCUCGACCUAUCCCCAGCAAACUUGAUUUCAACCUCGUCCAUUACCUCAAAGCGGAACCUAAACAAUAGGCACGCAGAGCGUGCGAGGAGAGUUCCAACGAAGCGAAAUAUACUGGACAAUCAGACGCUAGUCCAAGUGAGACAAGCCCCAAACAAUAGGGAGCUUGAGAAAACUACGACGACAGCAACGAGAAUGUCACCAAACAAAAGGUUAAAUGAGCAGAACAAUAGCUGUGCACGUGCGUUAAAAAUCUUUGUAUUUUUCUUUGCCGUCUUCUGCAAAACAAGAACGUGAAAUGAUCAACUUCUGCGUAGUCUGACAAACGCGAACUACGACGGCUAAUUUUUAGUACAAACGCUGUUAUUGCAUAUUUAGCCUGA